AUGGCUUAUCCAGAGACUAUGAAGGCCAUAAUCUUUACAAACGUUCCAGCGGAAUACAAAGAGGGCUCAGUCACCGACUUACAUCUCAAAACCUCCCACCCAGUUCCAAAACCCACCGAAAAACAAGUCCUCGUCAAAGUCCACGCAGUUGCCAUUACCCCCUACGAACUGACAUGGCCAGCUCCAACAGACACACCACGUGUAGUAUGCCAGGAUAUCGCGGGUGAGAUCGUUACUGCGCCUGCUGGAAGUGGUUUCGAAACUGGCGAUCGGGUAUACGGACUCUUGGAGUUUUACGGACAAGGUGGAAUGGCCGAGUAUACCGUCACGGAACCCGAGAUGCUAGCAAAGAUUCCAGAGGGAUUGGAUUAUGUACAGGCUGCCUCUAUUCCACGGGCUUCUUUGACUAUUUGGCAAGGUCUGAAGGAACCGGUUUGGAAGAAGGGAGAUGGAGCGGUUGUCAAGGAAGGCGACAAUGUGUUGAUUCUUGGUGCUACUGGUGCUGUGGGACGUAUGGCAGUUCAGAUGACUCGGGAGUGGGUUGGAAAGAAUGGAAAAGUCGUCGCUAUGGGUGGGCUUGGAGGCGAGGAUCUGAAGGAACUCGGUGCCGAUGCUGUCAUCAACUACCGUGAAGUGAAGGAUUGGGCUUUGGAGGUGACCAAAUUUGGUAUACUGUUCAAUCUUAUCUUCGAUUGCGUUGGUAAGAAGACUCUGGAAGCCGCAAUCCCGUUAGUACAAGGAGGUGGAAUGAUUGGUACUAUUGCUUCCCCGCCUCCUGAAGAAUAUCACAUUGAGGGUUGGGAUGUGAUGGAGAAAGCUGGCCGAGGAUUCUUUUUCAUCGUUGAUGGAAAUAGCGGCAGUGGAAAGCAACUCACAGAGAUUUCCGGCUUGGUCAAGAAAGGUGCCAUAGUGCCUUCAGUCAGUGCUGUUAUCGAUGGACUUGAUGAGAAAGCUGUGCAAGACGGAUGGAGCGCCGCUCUCAAGGGUGGUGUCAGAGGAAAGCCUGGAUCUUCUGUUGUCAAGAUUCUAUAA